GGGCACAUAUGGGGCAUGGCUGGGGCACAGCUGUCCCAGGGUGUCCCAGCGUGUCCCGGUUGUCCCAGGGUGUCCGAGGCUGUCCCUGCGGGUCCCAGGCUGUCCCAGCGGGUCCCAGGGUGUCCCAGGCUGUCCCCGCGGCCCCGGCGUUGCGCAGGCGCCUGCGGGGCGCCGCCCCUUCCCGGUUGUUGGUGGCGGAGCCGCGGCGAUGCUGCUGGUGCUGUCGGUGGAGCACCGAGCUCACCUGGGCUGUUUGCCGCGGGCCGGCGACGCAGCCGUCGGCGAGCUGGGGCGCCUGGCGCUGGAGCAGCUGCGGCGGGGAGCGGCGCCGCGGGCCUGCGAGUCCGCCGCCAGAAAGCUGAACAUUAGCGUUGACAUCAUUCAGCACGGGGUAGAAGGACUAGUGUAUCUUCUUACUGAGAGUUCCAAGCUUAUGAUUUCUGAGGCUGACUUCCAAGAUUCCAUUAAUGUUUUGGGAUUCUCAGAUGAAUUGAACAAAUCCUUGCUCCAGUUGUACCUUGACAACAGGAAAGAGAUCAGGAGCAUUCUCGGAGAGCUGGCACCAAGGCUUCCCAGCUACCACAGUCUGGAGUGGAGACUGGAUGUACAGCUUGCAAGCAGAAGUUUGAGACAACAGAUCAAGCCUGCUGUGACUAUGAAGCUACAUCUUAAUGAAAAUGAAGAUCGAACUGCCCAGGUGUUGCAAACUGACCCUGCGACCCUUCUUCACCUUAUCCAGCAGCUGGAGCAGGCCUUGGGGGAGAUGAAGAUGAACCACUGCAGAAGAAUAGUGCGCAACAUGAAAUAACCUUGGUUCUCCUCUGCUGCCUUGCUAAGCAGUUUGUAAAACAACUCAAAACACUGCUCACAAAUACAUUUUGAGGAAAAAUAAACAUCUGGAUCAGAUGAACUGUUUUCCUGUGCCAGGACCUUGAGCCAGUAUAUACUGGCCAGAUAUCCUUGGCUACCAGCUUCGCACAUCUAUGUGUGGUGACCUUUUUCACACAACCAUCUUCAUAUAUAGUACAUGGUAAUUAAAUGUGAUCAAAUAUUA